AUGGAGAGAUUCAUUACUGCCGUGAAGAGGCAGUUUCGGCCAACGCCUAUGCAGCCUAGUGAGCCACAGUCAGCCACAAGGCCAGAUGUCGAGUCAGCGGGUCUUGAAACGAAAUCACAAGAUGUCUCGUUGGAAAAGGGCGCUGUGGAUACAGCGGUACAAGCAGAGGCUGGUGCAUCUGCUAUCGAGGCAACCACCGCAGUCUGGGGUAAGAAAGGUAGAUGGCUUGUCAUCGCAGGGAUAGCCAUGAUUAUGGUGACUUAUGAGCUUGAUAAUUCAACCGUCUACAUCUACAACAACUAUUCCACAUCAUCUUUCAAUGCCCUUUCAAAACUAGCAGCCUUAAGCACAGCUGGCUCUGUGUUAUUCGCGGUCAUUAAACCGCCAAUCGCAAAGCUUUCCAAUGUCAUGGGCCGUGGUCAGACGUACAUGAUGACUAUCUGCUUGUACAUACUAUCUUACAUCCUCAUGGCAUCAGCAAAAACCAUCAACACAUAUGCUGCAGGCUACAUCUUUUACGUCAUGGGCCAGUCUGGAACAAACAUCAUGAACGACAUUGUCAUCUCAGACUUGAGUAACGCCCGGUGGCGUGGCUUUGCUAUUGGUGUCUCAUUCACGCCAUACCUAGUGACACCCUGGGUCUCUGGCUUCAUAGUUGAUAGCGUCGUGGACGGCAUCGGCUGGCGCUGGGGCAUCGGCAUGUUCGCGAUCCUCAUGCCAGUCGGUGCAAGUUUCAUCAUCACCACGCUUCUCUACUAUCAAACUCGAGCUAAGAAAAUGGGCCUUGUAAUACGCCAACACAUGACCAUCCAUGACUUCUGCUCUCAGAUUGAUUUAGGCGGCGUGGUACUCUUCAGCGGCGGGUUCGCACUAAUCUUAGUGCCUUUAACACUGGCAGCAACCACUACCAGCAAAUGGAAGACACCAUAUGUCGACGCACUCAUUGCCAUCGGAGCCGUGAUGUUGAUAGUUUUCCCUUUCUACGAGCGAUUGUUAUCCCGGUACCCGUUCAUGCCACCUUCAUAUUUUAAAAAUUCUACCAUUGCGCUUUGUCUGUUUCUUAUUGCAACAGAUUCGCUCGGGUUCGAAUGCACACAUACAUACCUCUACACCUGGGCUAUAGUAGCGCGAGACUUCUCAGCCCGCAACGCAACAUUCUACAAUUCGACCAACGGCGUCAUGCAGUGUCUUAUGGGGAUCAUAGCCGGUGUAUGUAUGAUGUGGACACGACGUUAUAAGUGGUUAGUGAUUAUCGGAGCUGUGAUUCGUCUGAUCGGGUACGGUAUCAUGAUUCGACUUCGAGGAGCAUCGAAUUCCUUAUUCGAACUAUUCUUUGUUCAGAUUCUUCAAGGUAUCGGAUCGGGCAUUAUGCAGACGAACUUGCUAGUACCCGCGCAGAUAUCCGUUCCUCAUAAGCAGAUGCCGCAGAUAACAGCCUUGGUCAUAUGCUUCUCAUUCUUGGGUUCAAGUGUAGGAGCCUGCAUUGCUGGUGGCAUUUACACCAAUACGAUUAAAGAGGCCUUGAGGAAUCAUCUUGGUGACCAAGCAUCGUCGGCGUUGAUAAAUGAGUUGGCUAACUCGAUUCUUGACUAUGCACCAGCUUGGGGUUCUUCGGAGCGUAUUGCGGUGAAUCUAGCAUUUUCAGAUGUCUUGCGAUACAUGACAUACACAGCCCUGGCGUCUUCUGUGCCAGCUGUAAUUCUAGUCUGGUUUAUGCCAAAUCAUCAACUACCUGACCGUAGCAACUUGGUGGAGGAGGAUGUGGACAGGUGA